UUCUCUCUCUCAGUUUCUCUUUGCUCUUUGCACGAAGUAGCGUCACUUGCAAGCGGCGAAACAAAGAAAAACAAAGCCGAGAGCCAAACAAGUGUAAAGAAAUCCAGAAUCCGAUUUCUAGAUGGAUCCAGACGCGGUAGCGAAGGCGUUUGUCGAGCACUACUACUCCACGUUCGAUGCGAACCGUGCUGGCUUGGCUAACCUCUACCAAGACGGAUCGAUGCUCACCUUUGAAGGCGAGAAGAUCCAAGGCUCUCCGAACAUCGUCGCUAAGCUCACUAGCCUUCCUUUCAAACAGUGCCAGCAUAGAAUCACAACCGUCGAUUGUCAGCCAUCUGGUCCUGCCGGUGGCAUGCUUGUCUUUGUCUCUGGUAACCUCCAGCUCGCCGGCGAACAACACGCUCUCAAGUUCAGUCAGAUGUUCCAUUUGAUGCCAACACCACAGGGGAGCUUUUACGUGUUGAAUGAUAUUUUCCGGUUGAACUAUGCCUGAAGACCAUAUCAAACUCAAAUAGUCACUGUGGCCCAAAAUGUUCAGGAUUAAAAUCACUUUUUCUUGCCUCUGCUUUUAGACGUUUGAAAUGAAAACUGUGAUUUUUGGUUGGUUAUGAUUAUGUUUAGUGUUGCAUUGUGCCCUGUUGUCUCAAAAUUCUGGAGAUGCUUUGUUGUGAUUGGUUGGAUUGGUAAAAGACGCCUAAUUAUUAAAAAUCAGAUGUUCAAGAUUUGGUAAUGUUUUUGUUGAUGAA